UAUCGUUGAACCAUGAUUAGCGCGAAAUCCUGUAGUCUCUUGCUAGUUGCCAGCUGGCUUCUAGUGGCUGUCACCGGUCAAUACUACACACCGUAUAAUCCAUAUUAUACGCCGAGUCCGACUUUUGCCAGUUUGAACAGUUAUACAUAUUAUACAACGCCAUAUCCCUAUUUCUACUCAACUUAUACGACACCUAGCCCCUACACAAAUAGCAAAAUACGCAUUUGGCCCUAUGUGAUCGGUCAAUACUUGUAUCCAUCGUACUAUAAUAACAAUUAUUAUAAUCCCUACGCCUCGCUGGGUACACCAAAUUGGCAAAGUUAUUACUCGAAUGUCUAUCAGCCGAAUUGGGGAAAGUAAAUAUCCAUGCAAAUUAA